CAGCAGCUCGGGCGGUGGGAGGAGCGGCAGCGACCAGACAGCCCAGCUCCGCGAAGGCUCUCGGCGCGCCGCGGCCCGCAGGCACCCGGCACGCGCCCGCCCCGCCGCCACGAUGCCCAAGAGGAAGGUCAGCUCCACCGAGGGGGCGGCGAAGGAGGAGCCCAAGAGGAGAUCGGCGAGGUUGUCAGCUAAACCGGCUCCCGCAAAAGUGGAGACGAAGCCAAAAAAGGCGGCGGGAAAGGAUAAAUCUUCAGACAAAAAUGUGCAAACAAAAGGGAAAAGGGGAGCAAAGGGAAAACAGGCCGAAGUGGCUAACCAAGAGACUAAAGAAGACUCACCUGCAGAAAAUGGAGAAACUAAAAACGAGGAGAGCCCAGCCUCUGAUGAAGCAGGAGAGAAAGAAGCCAAGUCGGAUUAAUAUCACACACCUGGUCCUCAGUGGUCCCUGUCUCCCUUCUUGUACAAUCCAGAGGAAUAUUUUUAUCAACUAUUUUGUAAAUGCAAGUUUUUUAGUAGCUCUAGAAACAUUUUUAAAAGUAAGGAGGG